AGGGCAGACAGCUGAACAGUGGUUGCGUGCUCGCUGAAGUUGGCUGCCACGUAGUUGACAUUCUUGCCAUGUAUUUAUUUUAAGUGCUGCAUUUGUGAAAAAGGUUUCAAUUAGCUUUUUUAUUUUUAUUUCACGAGUUAGUGAAAAUGAUUUUGUUUGCUAUUUGUUCGAUAUUGCCCUCACUGUUUGUGUUUGUUACCGGGGGGAAACUGCCCGAGCCAGAAGUGAAAAUUGCAGUUUUACAUAAACCCUUCAUGUGUUCCCGAAAGUCAAAGUAUGGAGACAUGCUUCUUGUUCAUCACGAAGGCUUCUUGGAAAGUAAUGGAACCCUAUUUUUUUCCAGCCGCAAACAUGGGGAUCACAAUCCAGUAUGGUUCACUCUUGGAAUUCAAGAGGUGCUCAAGGGUUGGGAUAAGGGUCUGAGCAACAUGUGCACAGGAGAGCGCAGGAAAUUGACCGUUCCUCCAUCUCUGGCAUAUGGCAAGGAAGGAAAAGGCAAGAUCCCGCCAAGCAGUACCCUCAUUUUUGAAAUUGAGCUCAUGGAGAUCCGAAAUGGUCUCAGGUCACACGAGUCUUUCCGGGAGAUGGAUCUCAAUGACGACUGGAAGCUCUGCAGAGAGGAGGUCAGAGAGUACCUGAAGAAAGAAUUUGAGAAACAUGGAUAUUCCCACAAUGACACGCAUCACGAAGUGAUGGUUGAGGAUAUCUUCAAAAAUGAGGACGAAGAUCAAGAUGGUUUUAUAUCUGCGAGGGAAUUCACCUACCAACACGAUGAGCUCUAAACUCUAAAGGACUGGUUUCAUCUACUUUUUCAAACGAGUGUUUGUUUGUUAAAUCACCUCGGAAAUUGUGAAUUGUAAAUGAGCUUGCUUUUUUUUUUACACCAACAGUAUUGUUUUUAUUUUGGAUUAACAUGUUAUGACCAAUUGAUAUCUACAUUCUGCACUGUGAAUGUGACCACAAAUACAUUUAGGAUCCCUAUUAGAAUUUCUAUUUUAUUUACUUGACUGAACCUGUGGUGAUACAAGUUGGAUGGUCGUUUUCUCUGUGUUCAUUAUUCACUAGAGGGCACCCUUGUGCUAGACUUCUGUAUCAUUUACACAUUUCUAAACAAAACAACAAUAAACUGUCAGGCAUCCUUCUA